UCCUCCGAGCUCCGGCCGCCUCCCGCCGCGCUAUAUAGGGGAGGGAGGGGUGCUAGAGCGGGGGGUGCCCGGCGUGGCCAAACCGCACGGGGCGCCGAUGCCUCCUGCCAGGGGAGCGCACAAGUGACCGGCAUCUCUUCCCAUGUCUGUCUCCUGAAGCGACCCCCCCACCCCCGCCCGGCAUGGAUGCGGCCAACAACACUACCUCCCCAGCGCGCUCCCCCGAGGGGACAAGCGGCCCCGGCCUCGCCGAGAUGACCCUGGGCUACCAGGUGCUCACCUCCCUGCUCCUGGGCACGCUUAUCUUGUGCGCCGUGAGUGGCAACGCCUGCGUGAUCGCUGCCAUCGCCCUGGAGCGCUCCCUGCAAACCGUGGCCAACUAUUUGAUCGGCUCGCUGGCCGUCACCGACCUCAUGGUCUCCGUGCUAGUGCUGCCCAUGGCGGCCCUCUACCAGGUGCUGAACAAGUGGACGCUAGGGCAGGUCACCUGCGACAUCUUCAUCUCGCUGGAUGUCCUUUGCUGCACCUCUUCUAUCCUGCACCUGUGCGCCAUCGCCCUGGACAGGUACUGGGCCAUCACAGACCCCAUUGACUAUGUUAACAAGCGAACUCCCCGGCGGGCGGCCGUGCUCAUUAGCCUGACCUGGCUUAUCGGCUUCUUGAUAUCCAUCCCUCCCAUGCUGGGCUGGAGGACGCCGGAGGACCGCUCGAACCCCGACGCCUGCACCAUCAGCAAGGACCACGGGUACACCAUCUACUCCACCUUCGGCGCCUUCUACAUUCCGCUUCUUCUCAUGCUGGUGCUCUACGGUCGCAUCUUCAAGGCGGCACGCUUUAGGAUCCGCAAGACAGUAAAGAAAGCAGAGAAGAAAAAAAUCGCCGACACUUGCCUCACUCUCUCUCCGGCCACCGUGAAGAAAGGCAACGGGGAGCCCGGCAAGAGCUGGAGGCGGACUGUAGAGCCCAAGCCCGGUGCUUUUGUCAACGGCGCGGUGCGGCAGGGCCAGGACGGGACCGCCCUGGAGAUCAUCGAGGUCCAGCACUGCAACAGUUCCUCCAAGACGCACCUGCCGCUGCCCAGCGAGGCGUGCGGAUCCCCACCGCCGCCCUCUUUCGAGAAACGCAAUGAGAAGAACACGGAAGCCAAACGGAGAAUGGCUCUGUCCCGGGAGAGGAAGACUGUCAAGACCCUGGGCAUCAUUAUGGGCACCUUUAUCCUCUGCUGGCUGCCGUUCUUCAUCGUCGCCCUGGUCCUGCCCUUUUGUGACAGUAAGUGCUACAUGCCCCAGUGGCUGGGGGCAGUCAUCAACUGGCUAGGCUACUCCAACUCCCUUCUCAACCCCAUUAUCUAUGCCUAUUUCAACAAAGACUUCCAAAGUGCUUUUAAGAAAAUUAUCAAGUGCAAAUUUUGCCGGCAGUGAAGCUCACCACUCCGGGACGGGGCAAAUGGGGUCCUGUUACUUCCUCCACUCGCCUGCCCCGAGCCGCAGUGUGCCCCAGCCCAGCCCUGCACAGCGCCGUCCGAAGGGUGGGGGACUCCGGCAUCCCCGCUCCGCGCCCGAGUCUCUCGCUUUGCGCCCGCCGGACAAGCCCUGCGGGUCACGGCAGGGCUCCGCUGGGAGCGACGGGGGACGCGCGGCCCCGGAGGGCUCCGCUGCCGCCCUCGUCUCUCCCGGCCGCCGCUGCCGGGCGCCGGCGCUCCCUCUCCCUCCCAUUCUCCAUCGUUCUGGGUAGACUUAGGGUUUUCAGGUCGUUGCUUGUGGUGGCUGUAAACCACAGCGUCUGCCCUCGUAGCAUCGGUAAAACAAAACCACCCUAUGCAGGAAACCGCCGUGUCGGGGAUUAUUCUUGGGUUUACGAGGCGGUGGACCGAGUCCGACCUCGGUCUGGCGGUGUAAGUAUGGAGGCUGAAGGCGACUCCUGGAGGGGAGGAAGGAGCUUUGGGCGCGUUGCUUCCCUGUUUGUGAAACCCUCAAGCGGAUGUUCUUGGGGGGAAACCGCCCGUGUUUGGUAAUCUUGCGAAGUACUUACAGCAACGUCCCCAUCUGCGUUACGUGUGCCUGACAGCUCUCCAAGUAUGCUAGGACCUGCCAGUGCACCGGGGAUCCCUUUGUUACAACACAGGGAAAUGAUGGGACUUAAAACCCCAACCGCACGCCUCAUUAUAUAUGGAGAUUUAUGGGGAUUAUUUUUUAAAAUGCCUUUGACCGAGUGUUUCCCAGCAAGGAAAGGCUUGGAGCAGUGCGACUGUCCCUGAGUACACCACGCACGCAACGGCACAGGGAGUUUAAGCAGCCUGAGAAGUAGCGUUUCUUUCUUUCUUUCUU